CAGGUCUGGUUCCAAAACCGAAGGGCAAAGUGGAAGAAAAGGAAGAAGACUACCAACGUAUUCCGUACCCCUGGCGCCCUGCUACCUUCUCAUGGUCUUCCUCCUUUCGGUGCGAUGGGUGAUGGUCUCUGUGGAUCCAGUAUGUUCAGUACUUCGGAUACCAGGUGGGGUGUCACCGGAAUGGCAACAGGUUUGGGACAAUUAGGCCAAGGUUCAAUGGGUGGAUUUGGCCAGUCUCUAGGACAACUCAAUCAGGGUUCCGGACUGAGUCCUGCUCUACCAAUCAGUACAGCUAGCACCGUGUACCAAGCCCACUAUGGAUUAAAUUCAUUGGGCGACAGCAUGAUGACGUACUGCAAUGCGGGCGGCGGUAGCGGCACGGCCGGCAGCCCGCCGCCCCCGCAGAUCCCCUGCUCGUCGGCCGCCGCCGCAUCCACCCCGCCUGGGGCGGCCACAGGCGGUUCCCCGGGCGGCGCGGGCGGCGGCGACGAGGACGACCUCUGGCGCGGCCACAGCAUAGCGGCGCUGCGGCGGCGCGCCUCCGAACUGAACGCCGCCAUUCCCUCGUAUCUGCAGAUCAACUACGACACGCACAAUAACGCGCCGGUCUAUUAG